ACCCCAUAUGUCAAAUCAACAUAACGGCUACAUUUCUUCUGUAGUAAUCACUCAAUCACCACCUCUCACCUUCUCUUUCUCCACCGUCCGAUCAACAAUAACAAAUUAUAAUAGUCAAACAUACCGUUACAACUCCUCUUUUUCUCUCAUAUCACAAUGACAGUAGACAUGGCAAGCAUAGCUUCGUCUUCCUCUUCACACUCCAAGAAACUCAUGAAGAAACUUUUAGCUCUUUCCAUUUUUGCCCCUCGCUUCAGCUCUUCUAAAUGUAAAACAGCGGCGAAAAUGGCGGUGGCGAGGAUGAAGUUGCUGAGGAAUAAGAGAGAGGCGGUGGUUAGGCAAAUGAGAAGAGACAUUGCUCUGCUUCUUCAAUCGAAGCAAGACGCCACUGCUCGUGUGAGGGUUGAACAUGUGAUCAGAGAACAGAAUAUUUCUGCUGCAAAUGAAUUUAUUGAGCUAUUCUGUGAGUUAGUUGUCUCUCGGCUAACAAUCAUUGCGAAAAGAAGAGAAUGCCCAGCAGACCUAAAAGAAGGGAUUGCCAGUCUCAUAUUUGCAGCUCCGAGGUGCGCCGAGAUUCCAGAACUAGCGGCCAUUGUCAAGAUAUUUGAGAGGAAGUAUGGCAAAGAUUUUGUUUCUGCUGCCACUGAUUUGCGACCUGACUGUGGCGUAAAUCGCAUGUUGAUUGACAAGCUUUCUGUGAGAACUCCUACUGGAGAAGUGAAGAUGAAAGUGUUGAAGGAAAUUGCAAAGGAACACCAGAUUGAUUGGGAUACAGCAGAAUCCGAAAAGGAGCUUCUCAAGCCUCCGGAGGAGCGCAUAGAAGGAGCCGACGCUUUUGUUAGUGCUUCAAGUUUACCUUUGAAGCUGCCUGAACGUAAAAUUGUUGACAUGGAUCCACCGACUCUUAGAUCAUCUAAGGAAGGAGCAAUGGGUAAUAUACAGUUCCGAGACACUGCUUCAGCUGCUGAAGCAGCUGCAGAAUCUGCAAAGCAAGCUAUUGCGGCUGCACAGGCUGCUGCUCAUUUAGCCAACAAGCACUUUGAUCCAGCCUCUCAAGCACCUGGUUUUUUGAAUGCUUCAGAAAUCAAUCCUAGAUAUGCAAUGUUUUCUGGCAGCCCUAUAAUGGAAAGCAGUCCCGAGAUAUUGAAUCAUCAGUCACAGGGCCCUGCAUGGGUUCAUAAUGCAAGCAAUGAACAGGCAAGAUCAGCGCAAAGGGACGGUGAAGGUCUCUAUAGGAGACAUAGCUAUAAUAAUAAGACAAGGUCAAACGAGAUGGAUGUUCAUAAUGUCCAAAGGAGACAAAGCUACAAUGCCCCUUUUCCAGACCACCAGAUGGAUGAUGACUAUAGGAGAGACAACUCCAAUUAUUCGUCUUCUCCAAAUUCAGAAAUGAAGUUUGAUGAAUCAGAUUGUGAUGAAGAAAUUGAAAUGGAGGAAUCUCCGGCUCGCAGUGGUGCACCAGCACCACAUCGGCCUCCACCUCCAGUUCCUCGAGUACAUCCCAAGUUGCCAGAUUAUGAUUCACUGGCUGCCCGCUUUGAAACUCUCAAGCAUCAAAAGUCACAAACCUAGAGAGUUCAUAGUUAUGUUGCUGUCCUUUUACUACAGGAAUUUGCAUGAUAUCCUGGUUGAACAAACACUGCCACAUUCUUUUUUUGCAAUAUCCAUAAUAAAGAGUAUUGAUUA